AUGACAGAGCUGUUUUCCAGGAGUAAAGCGAAGCUCAAGCAAGCCUUGCGAAGACGUGCCUCGCCGCAGCCAAAACGGUCCAAGAAUGACGGAACGAAGCAGUCUUCGGCCGAGGUCAGGCCUGUAGCUGCUUCUAAAGCCCCAAGACUAGAGACCACCGCAGAGCAAAGCUCCAUAGUUGACUUGGAUGCAGCUACCGGUGACUCAACAAGACCCCAAAGGAUUACGCCUCUUCCUAGCGAGACCGCGAAGCCGGAUAUCGCCCCCGAAAGUAUCACUCCAUUGAGUCAAGCUACAUCCUCGGAUGAGUCUGUGGUGGAAUCAAGCGUGGGGGAUGAAGACGCUUUAGAUGAGAAGCCCCUGGAAACAGAAGCUGCUCCUCUCCUCGGGAAUACUAAGCCUCGUAGCGAUUACUGGAAUGCUGCCCUCUCUCGCAUCAACGAUGAUGAAAGAAAAACACUCGAGGAACUGCGCCUAGGACUCGAUCCACUGUUAGCCAGUAGUAGCACACCCAUGGAAGGUUUAGGUGUCAAUGACGAAACACCUUUCCAUCUCGCAUUGCUGGCGGCUGAGAAGAUCAAGCGGCUUGAUGAUAAGGCUUGGAAGUUUAGGUUCCGGGGACGGGAUAUCAUACUUCGAGACGUGGCCGGCAAGAUUGUCCUAUGGCUGGGAAAGUUCAAAGAUGUCGGUGAUGUAGUUGUAAACUAUGAUCCGGCACAUGCGGCACUUCCAUGGGCAGCAAUUAGGUUUCUUUUAUCGGAAAUUUUGGCUAACCUGGCCCAGGCUGCUACAGCUGAGCAAGAGCUCGCGGGACACAUGCUGAUCGGCUCUGAGAAAGUCUGCUGCCUACUUGCUCGAUGCCAGACAUAUAGAAAGCUGUACCUAGACGUUGAGUCUUGCCGCGCUGUCGAGAGUGCCACCCAGCUUGAAGAGACACUUAUCUGCCUCUACGCUCAAAUACUGUCACUAUUGGCGCACCUCGUGGCCCUCACAAACCGUUCCCUCGGACGAAGAAUGAUACACGCGAUAUCGAACCCCUCUGGACUCUCUGAGUGGAUCACUAAGCUGGAGAAUCUUGAGUGGAGGAUCGAAGCGGAAGCUUCGAAUUGUGAACGCGAAUCCAGGUCAUCGGCCGAUACUGCAUGGAACCAGCGGUAUGAUAACAUGGAACAACUUCUCAGUCAACAUAUUCUUAUAUCUGAAGAAGAACGCACCCGCUUCUUGGCCGAGUGCGGAGCCGAUGAGCGAUUUGAAAUUUUGCUGUGGAUUUCAGACAUACAGUAUGAGGCGGAUCACUACAACGCGCGAUCCGGUCGUACAGAUGGAACUGGCGAGUGGCUUCUCGCCGACCAAGUGUACCGAGAUUGGCGGACAACGAGUGCAUCUAUUUGCCUCUGGCUACAUGGAAAACCCGGCGCCGGCAAGACCAAACUAUCCACCAAGCUGGUUGACGAGUUACUUGCCCUAAAUGAGAGCGAGCGAAGCGAUGACGGGUUGGCAUACUUCUAUUGCGACCAGAACCGCGAGAAGUACCACGAUCCUGUUUGGGUCCUACGGAGCUUCAUUCGCCAACUGUCUGCUUCUCAAUCAGACACGACUAUUGUCAAAUGUGUCCGCGACAAGUAUACACAAAUGAAAGCGAAGGGCUUUGCGUCUGUUCUCAGUGCUGAAGACUGCGCAGCCUUGCUGUUGGAGCUCGUCAAUGUCUUCCCGCGGACCACCUUUGUUUUGGAUGGACUGGACGAAUGCGACAGGAAAACUAGGCAUACUUUGAUGGAUACCUUGGACGAUCUCGUCAAGACAGCAAAGCAUCCGGUAAAGGUGUUCAUUGCGAGCCGAGAGGACGAGGAUCUUGCGGAUCGAUAUUCCAGAACGGAUCACCUCAAGGUCGACGCGUCAAGAAACCAAGGGGAUAUUGUGAAAUUUGUACUGGAGCGAAUGCAAGGAAGUCGUUACUGCAGAACUCGGAUGAGCCAGUCAGUUCGGGAGCAGGUUUUGAAUACUUUUCGGACGAAGAGCGAUGGAAUGUUUCAGUGGGCUGCUUUGCAUAUACAGGAACUUCUAGAACUUGAGCGCGACACCGAUGUGCUUCAAUACCUCGACGAUGUUCCUAUUGGUCUUAAAGCCGCGUAUGACAAAAUAUAUGAUGGCAUCAUAUCUCAGAGGGGAAGCAAGAAGCACGUCGCCAUUGCCGCCAUGAAGUGGGUGCUUUGCUCGACUCGGCCGCUUUCUCCGGAAGAGCUCGUCAUUGCUGCAUCCCAGGAUCCAGACGAAGACUUCAACGAAAACAUUGACCUCGAGCCUACGUAUCUUUUGGAUGCGUGCCAUAACCUGAUUGAGGUUUUCUAUGAUGGACGAAGUGAGCCCCGAUGGGUUUCCCCUGGAGAGGUGCAACUGUUCCAGAGGAUAUUAGUGCAACACCCCGCAGGUAUCCCUUCUUCAACUCAGCAAGGGUCUGAUGAGGAACAGCAGUUAAGUAUGCCACUCCAGGAUAUGGGCACUACAUAUAUCGGUGGGAAACUGCUCUGUCGUUUCUCUCAUUACUCAGUCGUCGAGUAUCUACUCAAACACAAGUGGGUCCUGCCUGACUUACAUGCUUUCGCUACAAGAGUAUGUCUCCGAACCAUGAUGCGAUUCUCAAUCCCAGAUCGCUCCGUGGGAAGUGAUGAAGAUGAAGAGCCGUAUGAUGGUCCUAUUACCGAGUACUGUUCACCACGCGAGUCGUACAGUCGUGUUGAGCGCCUUCUGAGAUACAUGUUCUUUCGCCUUCUUCGCGAGGACUUCAAUCCUUUGUCUCUUGGCGAAUCAAUCGGACGCCUCGAUGACCUGAUCCCGCGCAAUCAGUUCGAUUUGGUUAAACUCGAGGAUCAGUCUCCUCAAGGAUGGCUUCGGUAUGCCAUGGCUGGGUGGUAUUCUCACCUGGAACUUGCAGAGGGAAUUUGGACGGCUCAAGAUGGACAAGGCGCUACCAGGAGUCUCCUGGAGACCUUCUUCAAUCAUCCAACCAGGGGAAGCCCUUCAUACAGAGCUUGGGCUCUUCUUCACAACCCGCUUCGUUGGCUCCCUUGCCCUUCCCCAAUCGCCACUUUGAGUGGCUUUCAGCGGUUUUAUCCUGCUGCGUGGUGCGCUGCAGCAGGCAUGGAGCAGCCCUUGGCUAAAUGGAUUGAUCAAGGCCUCCUAGACCUGAACUUUGCAUCAACUCGGCUUCCAAGACAUACAGAGCCAACAUCAGGCACUGAAAUUCCAUCCCCUUCCCGGCAGAGCCUGCUGAACACAGCAGUUUGGAAUGGGCGGUAUACGAUUUGCAAAUUACUCGUAUUGCAUGGUGCAAGGGACGAUUUCAACGGCAUUUGGGAAUCAUCUCUCGAAAUGGCAAUCCGAUCGAAACGGGAUGAUAUCGUUGAACUGAUCCUCAACAGUGGGUCAGAAAUCCCCCUAUAUUGCUCCAGAGGCCCGAUGCUUCAUCUAGCAGCUCAUGUGGGUACACUGGAAACGGUCAAGUUCCUCGUUAAAAAGGGAGCGGAUAUUGAGGAACGAGCCAAAUCACAUAACCUGGGCUGGAACCUAACCGCGCUAGAGAUCGCUUGUCUGCAUGUAUCAAGCCAUGAGAUUGGGAUCUUUCUAGCUGAUCAGGCAUCUGACAUCAAGAAUCAUCAUCCCGCAGCUCUUUUGUUAGCUGCCAUGACUGACAAGGCUGACUUGGUGCACCAUCUCGCAUUUCUAGGCGCUGAUAUUGAAGCUCCUCUUCCUUUCUUGUUCGAUGCCGAGCCAGGGCUAGUAAAUCCUACCGAAACCCCGAUCCUCACCGCAACCCGUCGGUAUUCGGAGAGAACUGAUAUGAGCAUCUUGCGGGCCGACAGACUCGGAGUUCGGGCUUUGCUCGAAUGUGGUGCGAACCCCAACGCCAUCGGCAGUGACGGGCUCACCCCGCUGCAAAUAGCUAUGGAGAACUUGGACCACAACUUAAUUGUGCCUCUCGUUUUAUUCGGAGCGGAUACCAAUGUCAAGUUUCCAGAUGGAACUACGAUCCUGCAAGUGGCUUGCCGAAACGGAAGCCUGUCUCUUGUUCGGUUUCUAAUCGAUCGCGGGGCGGGCGUAGCAGAGGUUUCUGGACCCUGGCGGACAGCUCUGUUCGCGGCUUAUUGGAAUGUUGUCCGGAGCCGAGUGGUCCUCAGAAAUCCACAAGAGAGAUACACUUAUAAGCCUCCGUUGGAUCGCCAAUACACACCAGGGCCUGACGAUGAGGACAGUGGUGCGUCUGGAUACAUGACUGAAGACAGUGAGGAAUGGAGCGACUAUAUGAGUGACGAGGAGCGCGGUGGUCUAACCAACGAAAGGAGUGAAAUAAUGAGUGGAAAAGGUAUCAUUGACCACAGCGGUGAGACAAUUGACAACGGGCCUGGCGAGAAGAGCAAAAGAUUGACCAACCAGACGGUAGCUGGAAGCCAAGGUGUCAUGAGCAAAGCUGGCAACGCUAGCAGGUCAUUGGUUUCCCUCAGGAGCACUGGUUCUAUGCCAGAUUCGAAUUCAGGAGCCCCAAUCUUGUCCGAGGGUCGCCCUAGUUCUUCUGAUGGAUAUUUGAACUUUACGACAAGUCUUCCUCGAUUCAGCACUAGCCUAGGAUUAAGGAAAUGCUUGAGGGUUGGAAUGUUGGAGCCCAAAACCAACACCACGCAUAUACACUCUCAACUGAGGAAAGGCGUCACUCCGGACUGUUUACCUAACGCUGAAGAACCCGGUGUAGUGGUACAGCUGCUGCUGGAGAGCGGAGCGGAAUUCAAAAUCGAAGACUAUGCUGAAAUGGGCGUGGAUUUCCAGCAAGACGUUGAACUAUUAGGAGUGUUAGUUGAUGGCUAUACUAACUUGAUGCAUGAACAAAAGCGGAAGGUGACGGGGUUGAGGGAUAGGUUUCGGAGAAGUCCGCCCCGGCAAUCUUGGGAGACGGCUGAGCGUCGGUUCCUCGUACACGCUAGUGGACGAAUCAUCAUUGAGUUUAGGAUGUAG